AAGAAGAAGAAGAAGAAGAAGAAGAAGAAGAAGAAGAAGAAGAAGAAAAUCAAUUUGCGUAGUUUUUCCAUUUUAAAGGGAGUUAUUUGGUAGAAGGAGGCUUUCCUGUUAUAGACCGAAUCAUUACUAAGUGGACAGGUAUUGGAGAGUUACAAUGGCGAGUGCAGAAAAUAGAAAAUGAUCCACCAGCUAGCUUAGCUAACAAGAGACCACUGGUUCAGUAAGUGUGCAGCUAGCUAGCACAAAAAAAACACUACUAAUGUCUGCCAACAUGAAUAAUUAUCUUGGCCCGGAUAGUGGCGAGGUAAUAAAGGAUGAAUUUCAAUGUAUACUUGUAACACCCUCCAGUCCUCCACCGGAAAACCCGAGGACAAUCAACGACACCCAGACAACCAUCCUCUCAGAGUUAUCAUCGCUCACCUCUCUCAUAAACAACAGGUCAGACGAGUUGGAGAAAAUGGUCAGUAGCAACUUGGUUGUUAUUACUGAGGCAAUCAGGGACAAUUCUAAACAAAUAGAAAGUAUCAAGGAAUCAUUGGAGUGCAUUUGUGCAGACUUGAAAAACAUAAAAAGCAAGAUCAACCGCUGUGAGAGGCGCAUUAACGACGGCCAGAAAACCAAAGACUGCAUGGCUGCAGAGGAGAGGACAAGUUCAUUAGAGCAGAUGGCACUAUCACAGGUCCACUUUAGUGUUUUCCAAAAAACAAAGCCACCUCAGGUGGAGAGAUGCACGGUGUGUUGUACACACUUUCACUGCCCACUUUGCCCCACUGGCAUGUACAAGCCUCGGUCAAAGGCCAUGGUUUUACAGCACUUGGAGGUGCAUAAGAAAAAUGCACUCCAACAUGAAGAUUUCUACAUAACAAAAUGCCAUCAUGCCUGCAGGCCAGGAAACAGUGGUCAUUUCCACUGCCCAUUAUGCAGUAGAACUAUGGUCAAAAGGCAGGAUGCAGAGAGGCACUUGAGCAUCUGCCGGCUAACGUCUGUAUUGGGAGAAGAGAGACUUCUGGAAAAGAAAAGACGGAGUGAUCCCAUCCCUGCAAGACAGGAGAAGUCAUCUACUGGUGACAGCCCAGUACCUGAAUUACCUUUGCCAAGCGAACCAAGCCUGGACAACCCUUCUUGCAAAGUGAUCAGAGCAAGCCAAAAAUCUGUUCUUUGUCAUCACUGUAAUGUGAAGAUACUGAAAAAAAACAUGAAUAAACAUAUUUUCAGGAAACAUAUGAACAUUGCUGGCAGAAAAAUUAAUGCUGGUUCCAGUGUGCAUCCUCACCCUGGAUUUGGCAGCUAGCUGCAGUUAUUAAUUGACCCUCAGCCAUUUUAUGCUCUCACUCCCCCGUUAAUUGUUUUUAAUUGGUUAUUUUUCCCCCUGUCUUUGUGAAUAAAGAAGAUAAGAAAUGUGAUGCAUUCAUUUCAAAUAUAAAAAGAAAAUUUUUACAGGUGCAUAUCAUGCAGUGCUCCUGAUGUCCUGUGUGUGAGAGAAUAAAGAAAAAGUAAGUAGGGUGAC